GUGAGAAAAGGAAAACAAAGCUUAAAGCAUGGAAGCUGAGAUGUGCCGCAUUUGUUUAAACGAUACGGUGACACUGGUGGAAAUAUUCGCGAGGCGAGAGCAAACGCACAAGGCCAAUCCGGAGCCCAGCCUGGCGGAGAUGCUGAACGAGUGUGCCGAUUGCCACAUCAAAUUCAACGAUUCACUGCCACAACAAAUCUGCCUCAACUGUGUGCUGAGCGCUCAAAACGCGUUCAGGUUCAAACGGAAAUGUGAGCAAAGCUAUCAGCAACUAAGAGCUAAUCGCGAGGAGCGGCAGAAACGGGCAGCGAUAAAAACGCCAACGAAAAAGGUGCCAAGUAAAAAAGAGCUGCUGGAUGUGCUCGAUAUUAAACAGGAACACGAAAUUAAAGUCGAGCCAGCGAGCAGUGAAACCCCACUCUAUAAAUGCGCAUAUUGUAGCAAGACAUUCGAUCACCUGAGCAUUUUGAGUUUGCAUAAGAAAUGGCAUGCGGAGAACCACCAUGGCAAACGCGUCGUCGGCCCAAAGCUGAGCAAAAUGGAGAGUAAGUCGAAAAUCUGCUCCAUUUGCAAUAAGAAAUGUAAAACAAUUUCGCUGCUGCGCAAGCAUCUCUGUUCACACAGCGAUGCGCGUCCAUUUGCCUGCACCCAGUGUCCGACCAGCUUCCAGUUCAAUUCGCAUCUUAAGCGGCAUAUGCGCGGCCACACUGGCGAACGUCCGUAUCAGUGUCCGUUCUGUCCGCAAACCUUUGCUAGAAGCGACUAUUGCCGAGGUCACAUGGACAAAACCCACAGCGGCUUAACAUUCACCGGCAAACUAAUCAAUAAAUCCAAGAAAAACUCUUCACACUGACUAAAGAACAACAUCUGAGUAUCUAAACAAAUUACAAAAAUAACAACGAAACACUUAUGUAAAUCUGCUUCGCAUCUAUUUGUCUUUAAAAAAUCAUAGUUAAUAAUAACACAAUUUUAAAUAUGG